CUGCUGAUGCAUCAACGCACAAGAAAAGCAGGAAACUGGUGUGAAUUUGCACCUCUGUUAAGAAAGGAGCUGCAAACACUCGCAGAAUCGACUGGUUGAAAACCUUCUAUCAGGUCAAAUGUUCCCAAGACAAACAAGUUCAGGAGGAAGCAGCCGGUCCCAGCUGCCAGGUCUGGCAACAGCAGGAGGGGAUUUCUGCAGCACUGAGGGGGCCCCCCCCAGGACCAUGAUCUCCCCGAAGGACAAGGCCAAGGCUCCCAAGGACAGCAUGACGCUCCUGCCCUGCUUCUACUUCGUGGAGCUGCCCAUCGUGGCCUCCUCCAUCGUGACGCUGUAUUUCCUGGAGCUCACCGACCUCUUCAAGCCGGCCAAGGUGGGCUUCCAAUGCCACGAUCGCGCGCUCUCCAUGCCCUACGUGGAGAGCAGUGAGGAGCUCAUCCCGUUGCUCAUGCUGCUCAGCCUCGCCUUCGCCGCCCCAGCCGCCUCGAUCAUGCUCGGGGAGGGCCUGGUGUAUUGCCUGCAGUCCCGGCUGAAGGGUCGCAGUGGCACCGAGGGGAGCAUCAAUGCAGGAGGCUGCAACUUCAAUUCCUUCCUGCGCCGCACCGUAAGGUUUGUGGGUGUCCAUGUCUUCGGGCUCUGUGCCACUGCGUUGGUCACCGAUGUCAUCCAGUUGGCCACCGGAUACCACGCUCCUUUCUUUCUUACUGUCUGCAAACCCAACUACACGCUGCUGGGCACACCCUGCGACGCCAACCCUUACAUCACACAGGAUAUCUGUGCCGGCACCGACAAACACGCCAUCCUGUCUGCCAGGAAGACUUUCCCAUCCCAGCACGCCACGCUGUCCGCCUUCGCCGCUGUCUAUGUGUCGAUGUACUUCAACUCCACCAUCUCAGACAGCACCAAGCUCCUGAAGCCCAUCUUGGUCUUCGCCUUCGCCAUCGCCGCCGGUAUCUGCGGGUUGACCCAGAUCACUCAGUACCGCAGCCAUCCCACCGAUGUCUACGUGGGUUUCCUCAUCGGCGCCGGCAUCGCCGCUUACCUGGCUUACCACGCAGUGGGCAACUUCCGUGCCCCCACCGAGAGGGUCCCAGCUCCAGCUCCAGCCAAGGACGCUCUCCGUGUUCUGACACAACGCGGCCACGACGCCGUGUACCAGCAGAACAAAUCAGUGAGCACCGAUGAACUGACCCCGCGGCUGGAGGAGGAGGAGGGGGCGGCCGUGAGACCGGUACCACGCGAUAAGAACUCAUUGGGCAGCCUGAAACGUGCCAGCGUGGACGUGGAUCUGCUGGCACCGCGCAGCCCCAUGGCCAAGGAGAACAUGGUGACCUUCAGUAACACGCUGCCACGCGUCAGCACGCCUUCCAUGGAGGACGCGGCGCGGCGGCACAUGACCAUCCACGUACCAUUGGAUGCAUCGCGCUCCAAGCAGCUCAUCUCCGAAUGGAAGCAGAAGGCGAUGGAGGGACGAGGAGGGGACGAGGUGGAGGAGGAGGUGCCCCCGGCGUUGUACCCUACGGUGCAGGCUCGCCCUGAGCGCGCAGCUUUAGGCCCACGGGUGCUGCUCCCGCCCCGUCCCGGUGCUGCACCGUUAGUGCACAUCCCCGAGGAGAGCACGGCGGGCGGCGGGGCAGCGAUGAGAGCCAAGUGGGUGAUGGUGGCUGAGAAAAGCGCCCCCCGUGCAGCCAACCCCCCCCGGUUAAUGCAGGUGAUCGCCAUGUCCAAACCACAAGGCGCUGCUCCCAGCACCCCAAAGCAUUCGGAAACAUCCUCGUCCUCCACCAGCUCCGACUCGUCGCAAUAUCGCUCGCCAUCGGAACGUGACAGCUCCAGCAUCGUCACCAUCGAUGCUCAUGCUCCUCAUCACCCCGUGGUGCAUCUCAAUGCUGGCAAUGGGCCUUGGGAAUGGAAGGCGGCCCCUAAAGCUGCUGAGGAUGGAUACGAGCUGGGAGAGGUGGGGAAGGAAUUCCGUGCCUUCCACCCGGCCAAGAGUGCCGGUGUGUCACCUGGAUCCUCAUUGAGUGACGUGGAGCAGGAUGAGCCGCGUUACGGCAGCCUGGCUGCCAUCCAUGGGGCAGCGGGGGGUGCUGAGAGGGGGGAUGUGAGUGAGGGGCUGCUGGGCGCUGCCAGCCGGGAGGCCACGCUGCGCAGGAAGGUGGCUGAGCGCGAUGUGCUGACGGACUGCGAUGCUGACGGCUUCUAUAGGAAGAUGCCGGCAGGGAGGAGGUUUAAGGACUGAGCCCACACCCCCCCAACCCCAAACCCAAUCCCAGGUGUGGGCUCGAGCACUUUGGACUUCAUGUUUUUUCUCUCUAUAACAGGUGCUGAUGAUUCUUUUCUCUCUGGGACAAGGGAAGGGGGGGGGGGUUGUUAAUUUAUAUGGCUGAUGGUAUGUAGGUCUGUGGGGUGGGGGGCAGUCAGUGUUAAAGGGCUUCGUUGGGGUGUGGGGUGCACUUGGGGGGGGUGCAGCCCCUAUUUCUGCUUCAUUCUUUGGUGGGGGGUGGGCCAGGCUGAGAGCUGGGCAUGUGAAGCUGUAUAUACUGCAAUGGGGACAGUAGAAAGAGUGAA